AUGAGUUUAGCUAGUUCGCAAAGCACAGAAGAUAUACAUCUUCUAAAUAUACCAUCUAAUUCUUCACAGCAGAACCUUGCAAGGUCGCGCUCAGGGUCCUGUAGUAAUAUUGGCCCUGCCAAUAAUUCAAGUACUGGAGGUAAAAGUGAAAACAUCCAGGUGUUUUUGAGAAUGCGACCUUUGAAUGAACGAGAGAAAAAUGAGGAUCACAUGUCACAAAAUGCAUGGCGUAUUAUGGACAACGCAAUAGUAUUAGAGCAAAAUGUGUUUAAUCAGCCAUAUCCUAGCAUUGGAAAUGGUAAUGAUAAAUGCUUCGAAGAUGUUUCAUCAAAUGAAAAUGUCUACAAUUAGGCUUGCAAAGAUAUAGUUUAGAGCUCAUUAGAAGGCAUAAACGGUACUAUUUUUAUGUAUGGGUAAACAGGAGCUGGAAAGACUUUCACAAUGCUUGGAGAUCAUUACCAGCAAGAAAUUAGAGAGUAGGCGGCCUAACAUUUAAAUCAGUUAAAAAGAAAUGGAUCCACCAAAGGAAAUGGGAACAAAACCCCUUUGAAAGGUUCAUUUAAUCAAUGCUCCAGUAAUUCCAAUUUCACUAGUACUGUCAAUAAUUAGGAUUCAUAAAGAGACACUUAAGUUUCGCCAAUUUCAAAUAACAAAACAGGAUCACAAACCUAAAACAUAACACCGUUAAGAAAAGGUGCCAUUGUAGGGGCAACUGGCACAAAUUAAACCAAUCAUAGAUAAACUCUUAGUUAGAUUGGAGCAGUAGCUGGAAGAUCAUCCCAACAGUAAACUGAAACACCAAGACAUCUUAAAAAUAGCGCAAAUAGCAAGAAUCUAUUGAACUCCAAAAUUCCGAUUCCAUUGUAUAAGCAGCAAUCUUAAUAAUAACCCAAGACUAGAAAUGUAGGGUAAUAUAACAAGCUGACAGGAACUUAACUAUUUUAAACGAAUCUAACAGUCAGCAAUAUCUCUGAGUUUGGUGGUAACUCAAUGAUAACCGAUGGAUUAAACAAUUAAUACGAUUAGCAUCAUGUUUCAUCAAAUGUUCUAAUGUCUCUAUAAUUUCCUAAUAAUCUAGCCUCAAGCAUGCAUACAGAUAGAGGAGAGUAUAACAACUAUGUUCAAAGUGAUGACAAUGAUGAUUUUCAAUUAUUUGCCUAAAAAAGCUUAAGUUCUGCUAGAAACCUAAAUCCUAAAAGAUAGGGUAAAUCAGAGGGUAUUUUGAUUCAAUCUCUCAAAGAAUUAUUCAACAUAAUUAGAAAUGAAUCCCUUCCUACAAGAAGAACUCCUACUCCAAAUGAGGAUGGAGGCAAAAGUCAAACUGGAUCAUUUAUUGAUGUUAAAAGACCCCAGAAGGUUUAUAUUACUAGAUGCUCAUAUUUUGAAAUUUACAAUGAUGCUGUUUAUGAUUUACUCAAUGACUAAAAUGAUGAAAGCUUUCAUGAGCCUUUAAUUCUUUAAGAAGAUAUCAAGAGAAAGGAAUUCGUAGUAAAAGGAUUGAGAGAGCAUGUUGUCUAAUCAUUAGAGGAUUGCUUAGCCUUACUUAGAUUAGGUGAGGUAAACAGACAUUAUGCAGAAACUAAAAUGAAUCACUAGAGUUCUCGUAGUCAUACCUUAUUUAGAUUGCAUGUUGAAUCAGUAGCCUGCAAUGGAGAUCUAAACAAUGACGCAAAUGUCAUAACUGAGUCUGUUUUGAAUUUCGUUGAUCUUGCUGGUAGUGAGAAAGUUUCAAAUCAUUAACAUAAAGAUUCAUCUGCAUCAUCAAACUCGCAGACAAGAAAAGACUCAUCUCAAAUGAGAGUUAAAGAGGGAUAGCAUAUUAAUAGAUCUCUAUUUUUCUUGACUCAGGUAAUAGCUCUUAAAGCAGAAGGAAAGAAAAAUGAACAGCAUAUUCCUUAUAGAAAUUCCCCUCUAACUAAAAUACUUAGAUCAUCUCUGGGAGGCAACUCAAGGACAGCUAUUAUUUUAUGUAUCACUCCUGCUGCAAAUUAAUUAGAGCAAACUUUUAGCACUUUGAGAUUUGGUCAGAACGCUAAAAUGAUUCAGAAUAAAGUAGUAGCAAACGUGGUUAAGAAGACGUCAAUGGAAGAUGAAGCUGAACUAAAAAAUCUUCUUAAUGAAUAUGAGAAAAGAUUGGGUGAAAUAUAGAAAGAUAAUGAACAUAAUAAUAAUAAAUUGUAGCAAGUCAUAGAGAGUCUUUUAAAAGAAAAAGAUGAGUUAAAUUAAAGACUCAUAAGAGCUAAUAAUAAAAAACUAUAAAACAUUAUUGACGAAAAAGCUAGAUAAGAUAAGCAAACUGAAGAGAAUCAGAAUCUAAAGCAAGAAUAGCUUAAUGUUAAAUCUCUUUACCUUUAUGAUUGUGGAAUUCUCAAUUCAUAUUACGCUAUCGAUAAUUUCGUUAGUAGAGACAGCUCUGAACACAAUGUAGAUAAAAAGCCUUCUGAUAUCUUCCAUAUUGAUUAUGUGAUUCAGCUUAAUGACAAACUUGAUAAUCAAAAUGCUAAGCUCUUUAUGAAUACGCUUAGAACAGCCAAGAAAGAUAACAGAGAAUUGAGAAAAUAGCUUCAAGAUCAAGAGGAACAAUAUGAAUCAUUGAUGAAGUAAAAUGAUUAACUCAAUUCUGAGAUCAUGAAGCUUAGGUAGUUAAUGAGCUAGUAAUAAGAUGUAUUAGAAAAGUAGGUUUAGGAGAAGGAUGAAUUAAUAAAAAAAUAUGAUUAUCUUUAAAAGACCAGAUAUCAUAUAGAACAUAAUACAUUGUAACUCGAUCAAAGAAUCAUACUUGAUAUUGAACAAAUUUUAUACAGAGGCAUUUAAAUGAUAAAUAUGGAAAAAGGGAAAAGAGAAAUGCUAAAGUUGAUGAAUUAGCAAUAGCUGAGUUAAAUGAGCGGAAAUGAACUUCUUAAGAGCUAAAUGCCAAGUGAGGUAUAACUUAAUUACUAAAAGUCUGAGUUCAUGCACUUUGAUGAUUUAGAAGAGAAUUUCUUAACUAGGAUUUAUAGCAAAAAAUUAGAUUUUAAUGAGCAAGAAAGUCAUCUCCAGCAGGAAAAGAUUACUUAAUCAGAGAGCCAAUAAAAUGAAUUCUAAUCAACAUUAUAAAUCAAUCACAACUGUGAAGUCUAAUCAAGUGAUGAAGACUCAGUCAUCGCCUACAGUUAAGCUACUACAACUAAAAAGAGAAAAUUGAGAAAUACUCAUUCAACACCAAAUAAAACACCAAUGAAUGAUAUUGAUGAGUCUUAUAACAAUAAUCUUAGUAAAUAAAGUUCCUCCCAGUAAAACUAAAACUAUAGAGAUUUUACAGAGUCUAAAGAUAUUUCACAAAUUACAGCUAUUAAUAAUUAGAUUCAAGAUAACUAGUAUAUGACUGUAAUUUCAUAAAGUCAAAGAGUUUCAUAGCAGCAGUCAAUUUAAAAGAGUAUUAUUAAUAAUGAGAGGGAGUAUGUUAGCUAAAGUCCUAUAAAUUUAAAGCAAAUUAACAUGAAUCAAAUCAAUAAAAUAGCAUCAACUUAGAGCAUAACAUUAGAAGAUGAGGAUACUCUAGAUGAAAAGACUAAGUUACAAGAGAAAUGCUAAAUAUUUUAAAGAUAAAUAAACAACUUCAAAAUUGACAAGACAUAAAAAGAGAAUUCUCCUUAGAGAACUCCAACAAGGUCUUCAAUAAAUAGUGUCAACAUGAGCAUCAAGUACAAUCAUCAUCAAUAGCUUAAAACUCCAACUCAAAUGAAAAUACAAUCUGACAUACCAUAGACUAUUCAUAAUCUAAACUUAGACAAUGAUCUUGGAGAUAACUUAAGAUACAUGAUUAACAAUUAAGGAAGUAUGACUACUAAAGCUUAGUAGGUUCAUAAUACAGAUCUGAAUUCAAUUAUCAAUAUGAAUGCUAUGGCAAUAAAUAACAAAUUGAUAGAUGAGUACAAUAUUUAGAUGAUGAAAUUAUCUCUCCAAGCCUAGAAUAUGUAGAGUUUAAAUGCAACUUUGGGAUAAAACUAAUAAUAUGUUAAUUAAAGCUCUUUUGGAAGAAAUCAAGGUAGCCUAAGAAUGAAUCAUACUGAUAUUGGUGCGUUGGCUAGCAAUAACACGCUGAUGAUGAAUUCUUAAGGAAGUUUUAGUAAUAAUCAAAAGAAGAGUAUUGCGAAUGUGAACCGAUCAAAAUAUCUCUCCAAAGAUACUUAUAACUAAUAGUAUCUUGAUGAUACUAGAAGACAAGGAGAUAAUAACUAAUAUCAGCAGCAACAACACUAGUAGUAGUAAUAUUUACCCAAUAGGUCUUCAAGGUUACUCUGA